AGGGUUAAGGGCAGAGGGCUGGGGUAGACAGCAGAGAGGCCAGGGCUGUUUGGCAAUAAUCCCUCUCCGUGCACAGGGUGUGGAGAACAAAGUUAGAUCCCCAUGUGGGAAAAGCUUCCACUCUGAUCUACAUGGGCCGGGCCGAUGCCUUGGCCUCUGCUUCUGAUUUCCUAUUGGGCACCACCGGCUGGCUCUCCCUUCCCUCUUAGGCUCCUCACGGUCCUCGGUCCUUGGGCUUUCCCAAGUGUCUCUGAGCCAACCUGCUCUUUCCUCUCAGCCCCAGGUCCUCCUAGUUUCAUGCCAUCCAACUAUCCAUUCCGGUGUCUGUCCUCUGUCCUACGGUCUGGCUUUCCUCAAGGUGCCAUGCCCAUUACCUUCGUCCUCUGGCUUCUCCUUAGCCAGGCCACCUCAGAUCCAUGCUAUGAUCCAGGAGGGCGCCCUCGCUUUUGCCUCCCACCAGUGACCCGGCUGGCCGGCAGGGUAGAAGCCCCCUGCCCUCAGACCUGUGCUCCCCCUGCAGCCAGCCCUGGCUCUCCCUGCAACGGCAGUCUGACCCUGGACCUGGAUGGCCCCUUCCUCUUGACAUCUGUCACACUGCGAUUCUGCACCCCGGGGCCUCCAGCCCUGGUUAUUUCUGCUGCCUGGGCCCCUGGAGGCCCCUGGAGGCCACUAUGGCGCAGGCCUGCCUGGCCUGGAGCUCUGGGGGGGCCCGAGAGGGUAACCUUUCGCUCCCCACCAGGCCCCAAGGCCAAGAUAGUAGUCAGCCACCUCCGUGUGGAGUUUGGGGGCCAGGCAGGGCUGGUGACCACUGGGGUAAGAGGCCGCUGCCAGUGCCAUGGCCAUGCAGCCCGCUGUGCUGCCCAGGCCCAGCCCCCACGCUGCCGCUGCCGCCACCACACUACUGGCCCAGGAUGCGAGAGCUGCCGUCCAUCCCAUCGAGACUGGCCCUGGCGGCCUGCCACACCCCAGCACCCUCACGCUUGCUUGCCCUGCUCCUGCAACCAGCAUGCCCGACGCUGCCGAUUCAACUCCGAGCUAUUCAGGUUGUCAGGUGGCCGUAGUGGGGGUGUGUGUGAGCGGUGCCGCCACCACACAGCUGGGCGGCACUGUCACUACUGCCAGCCAGGGUUCUGGAGGGACCCAAGCCAGCCCAUCACUAGUCACAAGGCAUGCAGGGCCUGCCAGUGCCACCCAAUUGGAGCAACAGGAGGGAUGUGCAACCAGACCAGUGGCCAGUGCUCUUGCAAGCUAGGGGUCACAGGCCUCACAUGCAGUCACUGUGGUCCUGGAUACCAGCAGAGUCGCUCACCCAGGAUGCCCUGCCAACGAAUUCUGGAGGCAACAACUGCCCUUGCAACUACCCCUAUUGCGUCUCGGUCUGACCCACAGUGUCAAAACUACUGCAAUGUUUCGGACACCAGCGUGCAUAUGAGCCUUCAGAGAUACUGCCAGCAGGAUUACGUUCUGCACACACAGGUUUCAGCGUCGGAGGCAGUGGGUCCUGAGUGGUGGCGCCUGGCCGUGCACGUGCUGGCUGUGUACAAGCAGCGCGCGUGGCCCGUGCGCCGCGGUGGCCAGGAGGCCUGGGUGCCCCGCGCUGACCUGGCCUGCGGCUGCCUGCGCCUGCGCCCGGGGGUCGACUAUCUGCUGCUGGGCAGUGCUGCGGCCAGUCCCGACCCUGCGCGCCUCGUCCUGGACCGCCACGGCCUCGCGCUGCCCUGGAGGCCACACUGGGCCCGGCUGCUGCGGCGCCUACAGCAGAAGGAGCGCGGUGGCGCCUGCCGCGGCCUGCGGCCUCCCACACCCAGCCGGCCCAGCCGCUAAGCUGAGCCCAAGCGCCCCAGGAGCCAUGCGGGGUGGGAUUCGGCAGAGCCUCGACCUCGACGUGGGCGCUUCUCUGUAGAGCCAAUCAGAAGCUGCGGCGCUCGUGGCGUCAUUCCGCACGACGUUUAGCCAAAGGCUUGAAGCCGCAUGCGGGCCUUCGGGGCCGAAGUUGUCACGGAACAGCCUCACGUCCGGUGGAAUUGUGCCUACAGACCCCGAUCCAUGUUGGGAGAGUCUUUAGGAGGCGAAUAAAGAAGGCCUUGAGUAAA